AUGUAUCUCAAAUUUGGUGCACUUUUCUUUCCUGAUGGUUAUCAAAGUCGGCAGCAUUCAGCUGUAUGGAAUUUGUUUAAUACAACUUGUGGUGAACAUGAAUACGAAUUGGAUAGUGCAGCAAUAUUAGUUGACAAAAAACGCGUAUGGAAUGGACUUUAUAUGACAAAUUUAAUGAAUGCUAAUUAUGAAGUAUUUUAUAACUAUGUUACAGAUGGAGACAAAGAUACAUUUCGAUUAGGUUUUCGUUAUAUGGGUGUAAAAUAUUAUCUAGUGAUGAUACCGUGUGCUACUGGUUCAUUUAAUGGCACUCACUUUUGUGGUCACUCUCUUUGUAAGACAGAUAGUCUCGCACAACAUAUCUAUAUUAAUCAUCUUCAUCUUUUCAAAUAUGACCCAAUUAAGUAUACAUCAGCAUAUUUAGGUUAUACUCGUAUUGGUCUUGGCGAUCCCAAUAAUAAUUCGUUUCUUUUUGCUCAUUGUCGUUUACCUGGAGCACCUUCAAGUUGUUUUCAUAUUGUGAAAAAGCCUAAUCCACAAAUUACUGUUCAUUCACAAUGUUACACAGGUGGAAUUCAAUCAGAAGACAUUGAGGACCAUCAAUAUACACUGAGUGAACCUCUGUUAUUUAGCAAAUCGAGAAAAAAUCGAAUAUUAAUGAGCAAAACUAAUAACUUGAUGCCUCACUUUCUUGGUAAUUUGCUGAAAUAUCUGAAAUAA